GCCAUGCUGUGCACUUCUUCAAUUGUCUGUGAGUUUUUGAUAGCUGCUGUCCGUUGGUGUAUUGGCAGCUGUGGGAGGAGUAAGGGGAAGGGGGGGAAAGGUGCCAUUGUGAUGCCAAAUGGUCCAGCGGCUUCUUGUUGACAGGCAAGAUGACAGGCACCAAUCUGUCCAUCAAUACAUCAUGGUUCACUUAUCCACUCCAUUGACGUGAUCAUGUGUGGUGGUGAUGAGCAAAUGACACACACCGGUCUCUCGUUCGACUCCGUUUAUGUGGUCGUGCGUGGAAGAGAAACUCAUCGGAUUCAACCCAACCCAUGGUUGAUCUGGCAGACAUUGAAGUUGGAUUGCUUGGUUUCCAGUAAACUGGAUGGUGUCAUCUAUGGAGUCGAUCCCAUUGCGGUAUUUGUGAAGCUAAGUUAGGUUGUUCUUUGGGUGGAUCGGAGUUGAUAAUGCUAACUGGUCGUUUCCUCUGCAGGAGGGGGUGUCAUGUUUGAGUCGAUUCUCUCGUCCAUCCUUGUCUUAGUUUGUGUGCUAUCCAGUUCUGCCUAUUUGAUGAAGGACUAGUGUGUCAAUGCAGGUGGAGGAGGGAGGAUAACCUCAGUGCAAUAGCAUCAGUGGAAGUGGUUGUAGUUCAAGGGAGAACAAUUCUUGGUAGGGCAUGUUCUUCGCUGUUCGCUUUAUAACCGUUAACAUAUCUUUUAACUGGUUGAGGCUGGCAAUUGCCAGGAAAGGUCAGCCAUCAGUUAGGCUUGACCUAAAAGUAGGGACUGUGUAGUUUCUACGAGCAUUGUAAGUACCCACCCGCAUUUUAUCUCUAUGGUGCAGGGCCCUCUCUGUUGCUAUGUGCCAUAGUUUGGCGUAAGGCACUUUGCCUCACUGGCGCCUUUCGUGAAACCUGCAUUCCACGGAACACCAUCCUUGGGAACUAUCUGAGAACUAUCUUAAUUCUUUCAUUUUCGCUUCCUUUCUCUGUUUAUACCACUCACCCACAUAUGCUGCACCACUCAGUCUCACGGCUGGGGCUCUGUUUACUUGCAACGUUUUAGUAGUCGGCGGAUUAGGUAGGUAACUAGUAACCGUCUCCCUGCAGGCUUCUCUGUUGUUGUUGUUGUUGUUGUUGUUGUUGUUGUUGUUGUUGUUGUUGUUGUUGUUGUUGUUGUUGUUGUUGUUGUUGUUUUUGUUGUUUUUCAUUCGUCCUUGACAUUGUUUACAGCUCCACGUUCCAUCCCUUGGGCCUUCAGCAAGAUUCUAAUCCCAAAUUUCACGAGUUUUUCUCACGCUCGGGUACAUUCCAGAUAGUUUGUGUUGCUGACAGUUUGUUUGAGCAUUGAAGAUGGCAUCCAACAUUCCUUCUGUGAAAGAGCCCUUGCUGGAAGAGUCAAGGGCAGGAAGGCACAACUUCUCACCACCGUACAGAUCUCCCAACUUGUCGCCAAGGAAAGCAACUCCGCGCAGCCGUAAUCAGUCAUCACGGACGCUUGAUCGACCGUGUACACCCAGGACAGGCGGCACAUCAAGAAGCCCAUACUCAGGAAGAGCUACAUAUACACCAUAUACACCAUUCAGAGCGGGAAGCUCGAUAACAAGAGCACAAUCGCUGCUAAGGCCAGAUAUUCAUUACCAUCCAAAUCGUGGACCGUUGUACCAGCUCCUUGGAUUGGAUCAAUGGAACUUCAAGUUGCUGUGUCAUAACAUAUGGCAGUUCAUUUCCUGGCCAGUGCGGGUUCUGAAAACGCAGAAGACACUACCAAAGCUUUCCUUGAAGGUGGGACUUGCAUGCGCGCUUGCAACGACAUUGGCGGUGGGAGAUUGGAAGCUGAAUCUGUUCGGUAAGACAGGUGCUUGGGCAGUGAUUACGGUUGAUUCGGUGUUUGAGAAAAAUGUGGGCCUGACGUUGAGCAAAGGUUUGAACCGCGUUCUGGGAACCCUCUGUGCUGGUCUCUUGGCAGUGGCGAUCAAUCACAUGGGGCCUCAUCUUGGUUUUCUUUACCCGUACUUUGUAGUGCUAUCUACUUUCAUGGGUGGCGUGGUGCUCACGUACCUCCGCUACAGUCCUCCUUUCAAAGAUAGAUGGAAUUAUGCUGUACUAAUGUCUUUGUUGACAUUCCAUCUCCUUGUAGUCCAUGGCUACCAUAUACAUGAGAGCAUGCGUCUUCCUUUUAUGCGCUUGCUAAUGAUCGUCGUCGGUUUCUUCAUUGCAGCGUCAUGCAGCUUCAUCUACCCUGAUUUCGCAGGAGAUAGCCUGCAUGCGCUUGUAGCCAAGAACAUUGAGUCGGCAGGUGUAAUUCUUCAUCGCUGUGUCGAAGAGUAUGUGGAGGGGAAGAUGUUGAACCAUGUCCCUGAAAUCACGAAGGGCGAUGUGCCGGCCACGGAUGACAAGAUCUAUGAGGCAUACCAUGAGAUUAUCAUGUCCGAUUCUGAUGUCGAUAAACUGCUCGAUGCGGUGUACUGGGAGCCUCGACACGGGCGGUUCAAGAAAUGCCAUCCAUGGGAACUAUACGACGAUGUCACAGAUGCACUAAGGUACAUGUUAUAUGAUGUCAUAGCGCUUGAUCUGUGCCUUCGGGCAGAGUUCCAACCUCCUCAGUCUCUGCGCGAUUUGUUUGCAGCUGACUUUCGGGCCAUUGGCAAGGCCUGCAACAGUUUCUUGAGCAAACUGGCUUACGGGUUUAGGGAGAUGCAAAAAAAUCCUGAGUGCAGCAGACUGCUGGAGGAAGCUAAAGAUGCUGCAUUUGUCCUUCAGCGCAAGCUGCAUAGACAGACGGGUAUACUUCUAGGGGUUACCGCAGCUGGCUUGGGGCCAGACAACAAAGCCUUCCCAGGCAAUGGAAUGGGCCCAGUGCCGGAAGUCGUUGGGGGGACCGGAACUGCAACUACAGUGGUUCUGACAGAUGAUACGGCAGGUGCAGCAAGCAAUAAGGCCCUUGGCGAAGGGGAGAUAGGAAAUGACUCCUGGCAAUUCAGCAGGGUGAUGUCGAUGACAGACGUGGCGGAGAUGUCGUCACAGCUGGCCGGUGCGGCUUCUCAGGGUGGCUUGUUUUCAACGGAAAGGGAAGGAGUUGCAGCAGGAGGUAAAGAAGGAGGAGGAGGCGAUCAAGGUAACAAUGUGGACAUCCUUACGAAUGCGAUGCAGGGACUACAAUCUAGACACACAUCGUUCGGGAAGAUAUUCGAUGAAGCCGAAGAUAAAAGGCAUGAUGACCGAGAUUUCUGCUGGCAAUCUCUACUAGACGAUGUGCCGAUUGAAAUGCAAGAGGGAUUAGAAGUCCUGUCUCUUUUGCGCUUCGCAUCGCUAUUGCUCGAGCUUGUAUAUAAGCUGCAGUUCAUCCUGGACGUUAUGGAGGUGCUGAGUGAUAUUGCGGAAUUCAGGGAAGUUGAUAUAGAGAGCGGACAGCCACAAACGUUCAAGAGUAAAACAAUGAUCAAAGGGGGUAGUAAUGCCGUCUACGCCGAGGAUUGAGCUAUUACGUUGCCGGCACUGUAUAUGUCCUGUGGUUGGCUGUUUUCACUGUCGUCUCCGUGAGCAAAGGAGGUAGGCACACCCAAUGGCUAGUUGGUUGCCUGCCAUAUGCCCAGCAAAGGCAUGAUGAUGGUGCAUUUUUUGUAAAGGGGGUUUUCUAAUUCUAUGCAUAAACCAUCUGCAGACUCAGAAGCUGUACUCACUGCCUGCAACAAGGGUUGUUACAUAGCAUACACUGUUGGAUAUCAGCGACACCCACAGAGAAUAGUGUUGCUAUAGUUUCCUUCUCAAUAAUCAGCUGUCUCAAAGAGACUGGUUCGGUGGGGAGAUGGGGGAGAUGGGGGAGAUGGGGGAGAUGGGGGAGAUGGGGAAGGCGGAUGAAGGUUCAUGGACGUUUGACAAGUAAGCAGACGAAUGAGAUGUUGUCCCCCUACAACAGAAGGGUGCUAUAAGAGGGAAGGCAGAAGGAGGAGGAGCAGGAGGGGAAGGUGUGUCUUUGCAGGAGGGCAGGCAGUAGGAAGAGGAGAAAGAGGAGGAGGAGGAGAAGGACAAGGAGAAGGAGAAGGGUAGGGAGGAGGGGCAGGGGGAUGGGGGUGCCUUCAUUGUGAUGUGUUGAAUAUCUCGGUUCCUGUAUACACCCAGAGAGCAGGCCACAGCAGCAACAGCAACAGGAGUAGGAAGGAGUAGUAGUAGGAGGAGGAGGUGUUGUUUCAUCAUUGCAGUGCGUUGAGGAGUGCUGGAAACGUAAGGGUGACUCUUUUACAAAGCCGUUCAAGCCGAUGAAUUAUUUUCCUCUGUGUUGUCCUCCAGGGUGGAGCUCACUCUUGGUCCCGCAACAUUGGUCCUACUUUAGACCGGUUCUCCACGUUUCUGAUCCGACCUGGAUUCUGCACACCCGACAAGUGGCCAGUUGGUUGUCUUAGCUCCUGCGGUCAUCAUGAUUUCAGUUCAGAAUUGAGCAAAUUGCUUUAAAGCUCCGUGGGGAAGCAUUUAGUUGGUUGAGUCAUCAUACCAUUUCAUUCCAGAAUUGUGUUCUAUGGUACUGUCAUCAUCUUGGAACUGCCUUUGACGGCAUUGCUACAGUGA